AUGUUUGCCAAUCAUGAGUAUUCUGGUUACGAGUCCAUAGAGUUGUAUGUUACUCUACCAGAAGUUCAACCCUCACAAUUGGUGGAGUCACAAGUCAUUAAUUCAAUGGUCGACGAGCAAGCAGAGGUCGACGUCGUAGAUGAAGAAGAAGAAGAAGAACCGGAAAUAGAAGUUGAUCACUUGGUCAACGAGGAAUCUGAAAACGAACAAGAUGUUGUUGUGCCACCAGAUCAAGUGCAUAUGCCUCCAGCGCACAUGAGGAACUUGAACUUGGAUGGGGAUGAACCAUCCUUUGAUAUUUUCUAUGAUCCAUACACUCAAACAGAUGCACGGUUAAAAGAAGGAGACAAAUUUCGUUCAAGGGAGGAAUGUAUCAUGGCCAUAAAAAGAUUUCAUAUGGCAAACAAUGUUGAUUUUAAAGUUGAUCGCGCCAACGAUGAGAGUUACAAAAUUAAGUGUAGAAACCCUGAUUGUGGAUUAAUGUUGGCUGCAUCAUACAGGAAGAGAAGUGAUUCAUGGGUGAUAUGUUCUAUUUCCCAAGAUCACACAUGUGUUAACACAAAUGUUUCCCAAGAUCACCGUAAGCUAAGCUAUGAUAUUAUAUGUCAAGAAAUCUUGCCUCUAGUAGACAAAGAUCCGUCAGUAAAGGUGAAAACGAUAGUCUCUCAUAUCGUUGCAACGUACAAUUACACUCCAUCUUAUAGAAAGGCGUGGCUGGCGAAGACUAAAGCGAUUGAAUUUGUGUAUGGCAAUUGGGAGGAUUCGUACAAACAACUUCCAUGUUUCUUAUUUGCGCUUCAAAUUUAUGCUCCUGGAACCGUUACUAUUUUAGAGACCCUUCCGGCGCAAUCUCCAGACAGAACGUGCCUUCAAGGAAAUAGAAAAUAUAAGAGGACCUUGUUGAUGGUUGUGGCACAAGAUGGAAAUAGUAACAUUUUUCCUAUUGCGUUCGCUCUUGUGGAAGGAAAAACUGCUGGAGGACCUAUCGCCGGAGAAGAUGACCAGAAGUCAUCUCCGGCCGCCAACCCUCGCCCUUGA